AAUUAUCUACUAUUUAAUAACAUURUUACCACUGAUGCCAUAUCUUAAUGGUAUGGAUCCGAUGUGGUAUGAAAAGUCCGAUUCAGAUACAACAACAAAUCAGACAUCAUUUUUCACAGAAAAUAAACCAUAUUUUUUGACCAUCGAUGCAAAUAAUACAGAAAAUUCUGAUCAAUCAAAUCAAACAAAUUUGACUGAAUAUGAGGGCCGGAGCGCUAAGUCYAUGAAUUUGGAUAAAUUAGUGGAAAACUAUAGCAAUAGGGAUAGAGAGGCGAGAAUUAUCAACGAUGAGAAACUGUCGAUCAAGGGUUUCAUACCGAUAGUUGGUUUCGGUAACGAUAAACACGACACCGACACUGACAGCAACGGCGAYAGUCAGGACAAACCGUUAUCAGCUCAGGACUAYCCGAUGGAUAUCCAACGGUUUGCCGAUGCCUACAAACAGUACGCCCAGUCGUCAAAUAUCCAACAACAGCAACAACAACAACACCCGAAGCACCAACACGUCGCCGGUCCUGAAGAUCAGCGUUUUAUUGGAGCCGCUCUSCAGAAUUUGGCCAACAGUUUCGGUAAAAAACCGWCCAGAAAACAGAGUUUUCAUAGUGGAUUUGAGUCGGCAUAUCCGGGACCCAAUAGUCUGGCCAGCAUUGUUAAUGGUGGUAGUUUUGGCGGCGGCAGCAUUGGUGGCGGUGGUGGUGGUUUUGGCGGUAACAUCGGCGGYGGUGGCGGCGGCGGCGGCGGUGAAUGYGUUUGUGUGCCGUUUUAUAUGUGCAAAAACGGCUACUUAGCCGAAGCCAAGUCAAACUCUGGUCAAAUCAAAUCGUCGUCAAACAAUAAUAAUAAUAAUCUGCUGWCCGCUCAGUCAGUGCUCAAACAGUUUGCCGUACCGGCGCCGAAACCCAUACGCCAGUAUCAGCGUAAACCAGCCGCCRCUGCUGUUGUCCAGCAAAACCCGUACGAACAGUACCUACCGUUAGACGAAAGAAGUACWGACGACCUGUUGGGCGUAGCCAGCGAUCAAUCGGASUCAUAUCAGUCACAGUCGUCGGCGGCGAYGGAAGCGGCGGUCAAUAAUACCGCUCCUCAAUAUGCCGACGAAGUYUUGGCCCGAAUGCUUGGCGUCCGAUCCGAUGGUUGCGGUGUUUUGCGUACAUGUUGUCGGGCACAACCCCUAUCGCCUGAACUUGAAUUACCCGAAUUUGCUCUGGCCGGACCAAUCGACUAUCCKAAUGGUGGYCAGUUUUCSGGCGGACAGGAUCUGGAAUUUAACAAACGAUUUACAAGUCCYUAUCAGCCAAACAUUCAACAAAUACCCGAAUAUAGUAAACCUUUUGGAUCGCAUAAAUAYGAGUUCCCGCAAACACAAAGACCACAUCAUCACCAACAACACCAUCAACAACAACAACAUCAUCAUCAGGUAGACGCCUAUCCAUCGCAAGUAGUUCAGGCCAGCUAUGAUUUUCUACCGAAACCGCUAAAUCCUAAUCAUCAUGGAUUUGCACCCAUACCGUCACGUCCUAUUGCACCACAAAUACCAGUACCRUUGAAACCCACUUACAAUCCAUCGAUACGACCWGARCAAMCCRRUUAUCAGCAAAUUCAACCGUUAAAACCGGGUACCAUWUAUCCYACAUAUGGAUCACAGGGACCUGUAGGUCAUUCACUAGACAGYAUUGAUGGCGGUGGUAGUGGCCAUUGCGGUAAACGACCAGCUGUCGGCAUACACGGACGUGUCCAGAAUCUCCAGUAUCAGGACAGUGCUACCGAAUUUGGCGAGUUUCCCUGGCAUGUGGCCAUACUCAAGAAACUKGGACCGGCCGACAGUCUCUACGUUUGCGGCGGUGCUAUUGUAUCGCCAUAUUUUGUGGUCACAGCGGCUCAUUGUCUCAAAAAAUUCACUGCCCACGACCUAAAAGUUAGAAUCGGGGAAUGGGAUGUUCACAGAGAGGACGAAUUUUAUCCGCAUAUCGAAAGAUUUAUCGACGAUAUUAUAGUACAUCCGGACUUUUUUGCCGGUAGUCUACUGAACGAUGCGGCCCUUAUUAAACUGGAUUCGCCAAUUGAUUUUCGACAAUCGCCGCACAUCGGACCGGUAUGUUUGCCCGAAGCGUACGAAAAUUUUGCCGGUCAACGAUGUUUUGUUAGCGGUUGGGGCAAAAACGCUUUCGGCCAUCAGGGAGAGUUCCAGAGUGUACUGACCAAAGUCGACGUACCGGUUGUAACACAUGGCGAGUGCGAACAAGCACUCAGACGUACCCGACUCGGCUACGGCUAUCAUCUGCAUCCGAGUAUGGUCUGYGCUGGCGGUGAACCCGGAAAGGAUGCCUGCGAUGGCGAYGGCGGCAGUGCACUGGUAUGCGAAACGCGUGGCGGUAUCUUCAAGGCAGUUGGUYUGGUAUCGUGGGGUAUCGGUUGCGGUACACCCGGUAUUCCCGGUGUGUACACCAAUUUGGCWCAGUUAAGGCCGUGGAUUGACAGCUAUAUCCAGCGAUUUGGUGGUCAUUCGCCAGUAUUUGGAUCCAUUGGAUCGGUCGGAUCGAUCGGAUCYAAUAGUUUUGAACAACAACAAGGUUUCGGUGGAAUCGAUGAAAGAAGUUUUGGCGGUUCGGCGGCCAAUCAAAACAACUCGACGACAGCGACAGUUGAAGASUUGAAACUUGAAGACAAUAGUGAUCUCAAUAAUCAUAAUAAUAAUAAUACUAACAUAACUCAUACUAUUGUUGAACAUAAUUAA